AUGUCUCUGGGCGUAGCGGGGUUCCCCGAACCCCAUCUGUGGACCUACCCUCACGUGCCCACACUGACGGGAUCCUUUGGCAUCCUGGCAUCCCACGUGCCCACACUGCAGGUCCUGCGGCCCGGCCUGGUGGUCGUCCAUGUCGAGGACGGGACCUCCACCAAGUACUUUGUGAGCAGCAGCUCCAUCACAGUGAAUGCAGACUCCUCUGUGCAGCUGUUGGCUGAGGAGGCUGUGACUCUGGACAUGCUGGACCUGGGGGCGGCCAAGGCCAACCUGGAGAAGGCGCAGUCGGAGUUGUCAGGAGCUGGGGACGAGGCCCGGCGGGCUGAGAUCCAGAUCAGGAUCGAGGCUAGUGAGGCCCUGGUGAAGGCCCUCGAGUAGCCGUGUGCGCCUACAGGGCAGGUGGGUAGAGAGCCGAGGCUGGGGCAGCAACGCUCAGGAGCCAGCGCAGUACAGCCUGACAGCCGCCCUCCACUGGCUGCCCAUCACAGGCAGCCGUGGAGACAGUACCCCUGGACAAGCACCGAUCCCUCUGAACCCCGAUUAAAAACCAGGAACUGUA